GGCCGACGCGCGGCGGUGCGUGACGCCAUCCGGUGACGUCACGCUGGUGACGUCAGGACUGUGACGCCAGGGUGGGGAGCCGGUUGCGGCCGUUCGCGCUUAUGGAGGACGAAGACUGUCCCGACCUGGUUCCGAUAGGCGCCGACGCCGCGGAGCAGACCGAUGCCAACCCCAGCAGGAAGAUCCCCGUGACGAUCAUCACGGGGUACUUAGGAGCUGGAAAAACAACUCUUCUAAAUUACAUACUGACAGAACAGCAUAAUAAAAGAAUUGCAGUUAUUCUGAAUGAAUUCGGAGAAGGAAGUGCCUUGGAGAAAUCUCUGGCAAUCAGUCAAGGGGGAGAACUCUAUGAAGAAUGGCUGGAGCUCAGAAAUGGCUGCUUGUGCUGUUCAGUAAAGGACAAUGGUGUGAAAGCAAUUGAGAACCUGAUGCAAAGGAGAGGAAAAUUUGACUAUAUAUUGUUAGAAACAACUGGUUUGGCAGAUCCAGGAGCUGUGGCCUCCAUGUUCUGGGUUGAUUCUGAGCUGGGAAGUGACAUCUAUCUUGAUGGUAUUGUGUCUGUUGUUGAUGCAAAGCAUGGAUUGCAGCACUUGACAGAGGAGAAACCAGAAGGCCUUAUCAAUGAAGCAUCUCGGCAGGUUGCAUUAGCUGAUCUUAUAAUCAUCAAUAAAACAGACUUGGUUUCAGAGGAAGAAUUGAAUAAAGUCAGAACAUCUGUAAGGUCAAUGAAUGGACUUGUUAAAAUUCUAGAGACACAAAGAUCAAGAGUUGAUCUCUCUAAUGUCUUGGACCUGCAUGCUUUUGACAGUUUAUCUGGAGUAAGUUUGCAGAAAAAGCUUGAGCAUGUAAAGACAACACAUGCGCAUCUAGAUAAGGCCAUAAUUACAGUAACAUUUGAAGUUCCAGGGAAUAUAAAAGAAGAAAACUUAAAUCUCUUUAUUCAGGUAAGUAAUACAUCACUUUCAACUCAAAAAAUCAUUGUGGCUUUUUAUAGAAAUUCAUUACAUCUGAAAAAGUGCAGUGGACUGGUAUCUAUUCAAGGCAAAUCUCAUCAAGUGUUAGUCCAAGGUGUCCAUGAGCUCUAUGACUUAGAAGAGACUUCAGUAGCCUGGAAAGAAGAUGAAAAGAGAAUGAACAGGCUGGUCCUAAUUGGCAGGAACUUGGACAAGGAGAUCAUCAAAGAAGUAUUCAGAGCCACUGUGAGAGAAGAACAAGGAAACAGUUGACAUAAAACUGUAAAAACUAUAUGUCUGUUAUAAUCCUGCAAGGAUUUUAUGACAGAAGAGACUGAGUGGCAUGGACUGUAGUAGUUUCUCUAUCCUCUUGCAGUUUAUGCAAUAGUUAAACCCUGAAGUCUUCCAAAUUCCAGCUGAUCUACUGCUUAAAGUUUAGCUUUAACAGUCUAGAAUCAAACACUAUUUUGGAUUUGGCUGAAGCUGUGUCAGCAACAUCAUGUAACUGUGCAGAAAUGCAGACAGGCAAAAGGCUGUUACGUUCUACGUGAAACAUUACUGUAGGGAUAUGGGAAACACAUUUGAAGCCUAGUGCUUUCUCUUGCUAACUCUCUUCCACUGGGAAUAAAGCAAUAGAGAUUAUUGUCAGUGAUGUAAUCACAGUACAAAAUGUCUAGUGUUUACUAUUAAACUGCCUUCCAUCUCUUUCCA